AUCUGUAUCUCUUCAUUCAAACAAUCACAUAGUCUGUCACUACGCAAUAUGACGACCACAGCAACAACUACUACACCAACCUUUGUCAAACCAUAUGUUGGUGCCAUUGAUCAAGGUACCUCCAGCACACGCUUCAUGCUCUUUGAUUCACACGGUCAUCCCGUCCUCUCCCAUGCACUACCCUUGACACAACAUCAUCCUCAUCCAGGUUGGGUACAACAUGAUGCUAAUGAGAUAAUGGAUGCUACAAAUAAGUGUAUUGAUGAGGUGAUGAAGAAGUAUGAGGAACAGGGACUGGGUCAAGUGUCGGAUAUCAAGGCCAUUGGUAUCACGAAUCAACGUGAGACCACUUUGGUAUGGGACAAGACUACAGGCAAACCCUACCAUCAUGCGAUAGUAUGGUGUGACUCAAGGACCAGUGAUGUCGUCGCUAGUCUCAUUGACAAGGUUGGCACGCUCAACUGGCAUCCAGAGGGUGAUGUUGCCACUCCAAGCAAUGGUGCCACACCCAACAACAAGGCAGACCAAUAUCAAAUUACAAACAGAGACUACCUACGCGAAAAGAGCGGUUUACCACUGGCCAACUACUUCUCGGGUGUCAAACUGCGCUGGUUGUUGGACAAUGUGGCCGAGCUCAGAGCCGAGUGCCAGAAGGGCAAGUGCGUCAUGGGCACGAUCGACAGCUGGCUCAUCUGGAACUUGACUGGUGGCGCACAGGGAGGCGUCCACGCCACAGACGUGACCAACGCCAGUAGAACACUGAUGAUGAACCUUGACACUUGCAAGUGGGACAAGGAGUCGUGCGACUUCCUUGGCGUGCCCAUGAACAUCCUGCCCGAGAUCAAGAGUUCGUCAGAGGUGUAUGGCACUAUCGCAUCCGGCCCGCUCAAGGGCAUUCCCGUGGCAGGUGUGCUGGGCGACCAGCAAGCAGCAAUGGUCGGACAGAUGUGCUUUGAGCGUGGACAGGCCAAGAACACGUAUGGCACGGGCUGCUUCUUGCUCUACAACACAGGAACAGAUGUCGUUCACUCGAAACAUGGCUUGCUCACCACAGUGUGCUAUCAGCUGGGCAAGGACGCCAAGGUUCACUAUGCCCUCGAGGGUUCGGUGGCCGUGGCAGGUGCUGGUGUGCGCUGGCUGAUAGAGAACCUGGGCAUUGCUUCGUCCUCCAAGGAGAUCGAACAACUUGCAAUGACAGUCAAGGACACUGGUGGCAUGUACUUUGUGCCAGCAUUCUCAGGACUCUUUGCGCCAUACUGGCGUGACGAUGCACGUGGUGUAAUGGUCGGCCUGACGCAUCACACCAACCGCGCACACUUUGCCAGGGCCAUACUUGAGUCCACAUGCUACCAAACUUAUGACGUACUGCAGGCAAUGCAGAAGGAUUCAAAGGACCACCUGACAGAGCUGCGAGUGGAUGGUGGCAUGACAAUGAACAACCUGAUGUGCCAGAUACAAUCCGAUGUUCUCCGUCUGCCCGUUCUGCGUCCAAGCAACCUGGAAACAACAUGUUUUGGCGCUGCCUAUGCGGCAGGAUUGGCAGUUGGUGUUUACAAGUCAUCGAUGGAGUUCCGCGAGGCCAGGAAGUUCACCCCCAUCGCCAAUCAACAAGAUAUCGAUCUACGCAUCAAGGACUGGCACAAGGCCAUCUCCAAGUCACUCAACUGGGUCGAAUUGAAAUCAAAC